CUUGUGAAAACUUGUCCGUUAGACUUUCCGGAGGUGUUCGUUUCAUUCCCCUGCAUUUUAGGUUCAACGAACGGACGUUGAUUCAGUGGACCAACAUUGACCCAGUGGGUUUGCUUGAAAAUCUACGCACUCAAUACGGCAAUUAUUCACAUGCAGAAGUCACCAAACUGAUUGACUUAUUUCGCGCAGCGGGCAUCAACCAUGGGUAUUUGAAUCGGACUUGUCUCGAUCCGAACGAUCCGGCCUGCCCAUCCUCUGCUCCAAAUCAUCGUAGUCAACCUCCAAACGUACCACAAAUCCUCAGCGGAGGUUGCCCCGGGUUUGCCGCAAAUUUACUACAUUGGCCGGAAGAGCUGAUUGUCGGUGGUCGUGUGCAUGCAUCACUAGACAGCUCUGAUGCACAAAUGUCCUCUUCAUCCACAUCCAACUCACGGCCCAACACCUCUGCACCUGUACUAAUCAGCGGAAGUGCUCUUCAGUCGCUUAUUAUGCUACGCUCGCCGCGUGAUUUGUACGAUGCAGUUCGACACAGUGACCCUUACAGACACGAAAGGUGGACCUUGGCAGACGCUCAACACGUUUUAGAUGAAUGGCGUCGUAAUCUACGGCAGCUUGUAGUGGAACAUAACGCUGGACUUCCGCCCAACUCUGAAUGGUGCUUUUAUGCCUUUACGGAUAACUCGCUGCGCGAUAUUUUACGGGGACUGACUCUGCGAUUUGGUCCUAUCAAAUUCAUUGGAUGUGUGCUUCUAGUGUUUCUCUACGGCCUGAUCUGUCUCCUCGAUUGGCGCGAUCCGGUGCAAUCCCAGUGCUGGCUCGUUCUAUCCGGCUUUGUUGUCGCUGCAUUCGCCUCCAUAGCUGGACUGGGUAUCUGCGCUGCCGUGGGCCUGCCUUUCAACGUUUUUACCAUCCAGGUUCUACCUUUCCUUGUCAUGGGUUUGAGCGUUGACAGCGUCUUCACACUAACCACUUGUUAUCAGUGCCGUAUGGCUCGUCGCACCAUGCUAUCAAACAACAGACAUUGCAACAGACCCUCGUUACUCAGUACACCGUGGGCCUCUGUAGCCUCCGUGUCUACAUGCUCCUCUUCCUUCACUUCGGAAUCGUCCCUUGUCUCCUAUUCACCAUUUCCCGUCUUGGCGGAACAUGGACCCAGUCUUUUGUUCGGUGCCAUUGCAAUUGCAGGCGCUUUUUUCUCGGCCUCCUAUAUACCCGUUCCUCUGAUGCAGCAGUUUUGUCUGCAGGGUGGAACGUUGGUUCUUGUCCACUCCGUCUGCUUACUCUUUCUACUUCCUGGACUGCUAAAGUUGGAUUUGGCUCGCCGAUCUGCCGGCCGGCUGGAUGUGCUCUGUUGUCUGCAGCAACCUCACACUGAUUCCACACCAGUCCGCCGUGGAACGCACAGCCAUGAUGCCGACUUCGAAGAGGAGAAUCUGCCUUAUUCCAGGAAGGAUCCCUACAUGGAAUGCUCAACUACAUUGGACAGUAACAGUACAGAAAGCCGCAGAGGAUCGGUUCACAAUGAGACAAUUACCUCAUCAACUGGAACAUACCCGUGUUCUUCCAUUCAGGUUAGCGUCAUCAAUCGUGUCGCUGAUGAUACACGUUCAAACAAACCAGGCUCUUAUUUGUCCCGUCCCUCCGGUUUGGGUUCUCCAUCCGGCGGUCACACUGUGCACACAACGGUGACUGUCUCUGGACCCACACAAGGUCUUAAGCGUGGCGGUCCGCCUUCGACGACGUUCGACCCUUCAAGACAGCGCAACCGAUCACAUACUCCUAAGUUCUAUCCUUCCCACAUCUCGAGUGGGUGUUGUUAUCACGACCCACACCACCAUCCCCAUUGGUACCGGCACCUCACUUCCUUCGAUCGAUGUCAGCCUCGCGUCGCUGAUGAGGAGUGUAAUCAACCGAAGCCUUUGCUCGUCCGCUUUGCCCAUCGUAUGGCGCUGUUCCUCACUUACCAUUGGUCAAUUCAGUUGUUCAUAUGUAUUAUUGGUGUCGCACCGUUUAUUUCGGCUGCUUUGUUGUCCCAAUACGGGCUACACUUGGGCCUCGAUUGGUCUAAGCUAAUCCCGGUGGAUGCAAUCGAGUACGGCUUUGUGAAACACUCCGAACAGGCAUUCGGGUUACGCUACUUUCAAAUUAUAGCCAGAGGAACUGAUCUGCCUGGUGAUCGUCCGGUCCCCAGUAGAUCUGGUCUCGGAAAGGCUAUUCCCUCAGCCCCUGCUCCCAGCCUAUCAUCCACUAAUUUACUGAAUAUGAAGCCUAGAACACGAUCUGUUUUUGCAGACGUUGGUCGUGGGAUCGAUUUCCCGGUUCGGCAACGUCAGCUACAUCAGCUAUACAUGCGUCUAUCGAAGCUGCCACGUGUCACUCUGGCUGGCCGCGGUUAUUGGCUUGAGACAAUGCGCGAUUGGCUUCAGCGUGUUCAAGAUGCCUUUGACUCAGACCGUCAACGAGGGCUUAUCUCUUCUGCCGGUUACUGGAGUGUGAAUGCUAGCGAACUUGGUGUUUUGGGUUUACGACUAAUCGUUCAAACGGACCGCGGUCCCGAGCUCAGCCGUAUUAACACGGGCCGAUUGGUUCACGCGGGAAUCGUUGAUCCGCCUGCUUUCUACGUGCUUCUCCGCAUGUGGCGAACUCACGAUGCCUUGAACUUCUCUUCACUGGCGUGCGUGAUUCAUCCAGAGCCCAGUCCAGUUCAGCUGAAUCAUUUGCGUUCUCAGCCUUCUUCAGGGCGCCCAAGUGAUUUACACGCCCUUCCUCCGGCUGAGCCCAUCGAAUUUAUACAAACAAAUUAUUACGCAGUUGGUAUCCAGAGUAUGCCUGCUCAGCUGGAACUUGUUCAGAAUGUCCGUCUACUCACCGAAGGGGCAACUGCGCAGGGUGUGCCUUCCUUUCCCGUCGGAGCGCUCUUCACUUUUGCGGAGCACUACUUUUACCUUAUCCGUGAGACAGCGAUGGCGACAGGUAUUUUCUUCGCCAUCGUCUUUGUGGCUGCCUUGCUUUUAUUCGCCUCUCCAGUUAUCGUCCUGUUGCUUCUCGUUGUGGGAGCCGGUGGCGGAUUCUGCGCCGCACUCUGUGGUAUGAUGCUUCUCGGACUGGAACUGAAUCCCAUCUCCGCUGGUCUGAUGCUUUUCUCUGCUGGUCUUGGUGCAAGAACUACUGUUGGAUUCCUUGGUUCAUGGCCAACCCCACACUUUACAUGUGCCUUUUCUGCAGCGACAAGGACUGGCUACCCAUCUAGCAAGGUGGCAGACAAGAUGAUCUGCGUUUGUCAAUCUGCUCGACCCGGCGAAGCGUGCAUCACGAGCUGUUCCUUUUGCUGCUGUACAUCAGAUUCUGCUACGAAACCAAGCAAUGCUCCUGAGAACAGCUCAGCUACUUACCCGGUAGAUGGUGUGGACCCUGUGUCUGUGGAUCGCACCAGGAUGGCAUCUGUGCUCAAUUCUACGGAUUCCUCCAAACACUACUACCAGUUUGUGCGUGAUCAUCUUGUGACUACGUUGAGCAACCAGUUCGCCCCUGCUCUGCACACCACAAUGGGGCUUGUGUUGGCUACAGUCCUGUUGGUUGCCGCUCGUGUGCAGUUCAUUGCUAAUCACUUCUUCUUCCUGCUCCUGGUGGUCAGCUUCUGCUCUCUGUUCAAUGCAGUUUGCCUCAUUCCCGCGAUUUGCUACCUUAUUCAUCCGUUCCACCAGUUUCUUCUAUCCUCAAGCGUUUCACGUCAACGUCCCACUCAGGUUAAAAAUCGGAAUCUCCUUCGUGCUGCGAAAUCUUCUCAGUUUGAUGUCACACGUGGUCGCUUGCCUCAGACGACAGCAUCAAAACGUAAAGCUGAGCCAUUACCCCAGUCAUCCUUUUCAACGACCUCUUUAUCAACACCUUUGUUUCCUGCUUCCAACCAAUCUGUUUCUCCGCUUGAGACGGAGUGCACAUCCCUCCAACCCACGCAGAAUGUUGAAUCUCCGGUGACUGUCCAAAUCACUACCGAUCGCCCAGUUGAGCUUCGGCUCACAUCCACACCCAUUUUUAGACCCACAUUCCAGCCACCUUUAGCAGAAUGUACACAUGCACAGCUUUAUGAACUCUGCAAUCGGCGCCUCCUUGAAUUACCAACCAUGUGCCAGCAGUCUCCUGGAGCUGCCGCAGCUGCGGCUGCCGCCGUCGUUGCCGCAGUGGCUGCUGCGGCCAAUUCCGUUCGCUCUCGACCUGCCAGUUUGAGCACGAUUUCCGAAGAGCCAUCUCAUUCGAGCUCUACUCUAAGUUUAAACUGUGCCGUGCCACCGGUGACAAAUGAGUGUUCUAAAAGUCCGCACACAGGUCCUGCCACUAUCUCCGAUGCUGAACGCACCAGUGAAUGCAACCGGGUGACACAGAAGCCUCCUCUCACUAUUUCAUCUGAGGUCACAGGAAUGUCUAGUUUUGAUGAAUCCACUUCAGCCUUAUACCAUGAUAUUUUUAGAUCUUUACCACCUCCCGAAGUUUUGUUCAGCGGUACCUCGCCUGAUUCCCGCAAUGGUGAGCAUUCGCAGCGUGUGUUGGCACACAAUUUACUAACAUUGGUUGCUUUUACUGGUCUAACACCUAUCCCUCCUGGGAAAAACCAUACAUCGAGACGUCAUACUGAACGCUCUCCUCCUCCAUCCUAUUCAAGUGUCGUCGAGCACAGUGCGCCUGUUUGUAAUACACCUACCCACAUAUUUUCAAAAACACGUACUCCACAGUCGAGCUCUCCACAUGUUGCCAUUUCACUCAAACCCCUCCACUCUUCACAGCUGGAUUCUCCCAGCCGCCUUCCUCAUUGUACUCGAACGUUGCUACGGAAAAAUCACUCCGAACUGCGGCCUCCAUCCACUAUUUGUUCAGUAUCACACUUAGCGUCUUCCUCCUCCGAUGCUGUUCGGCACGAAUCCCACAGCUUUACUCGUUUCCCGUCAGAUAUUGCAUUUCACGCCUCUGGACUUCACCCCAGAAUACGGCAUCACCAUCAAAGCAGGUUGAGGCCCAUGACUACGACUUUUUCGGAUACCGAAAUCCGGACAAACGGUUCAGGACCUCAGACACGAGAUCUCUAGGCUAGAACUACCAGAACCGCAUCUGCAUUUUAUUGUACAGUUUCUUACUUCUAGUAGGGUAUAUAUUUACAGAAUAUUCCUACUGUGUCACACUAAGUAUUCCUUACUCUUACUGCGUCAGCUAAACAUAGCAGUAACUGACCUGCUUUCUUCUUUUGUCUUUGGAUUCUUCCCUUACCCCAUUGCGCUACUUUCUGUCUUUCCCGGAUUCCUUUUGUAUCUUCUUCGGCCAAAUGUCGAAUGACGCUUUCAGACCCGAUGCUCAAGUUUUUCGAUUCUUUUCACAUUGUAUAUACGAUAUAAUUCUACCACUUUCUACCUCCU